AUGGACGGUGGUAUUGUAGCUCCGUCGGACGAGCAACUGAUGAAAAGCGUUCAUGUCUUUAUGGUCUCUUUCCCCGGCCAAGGCCACGUCAACCCGCUCCUCCGCCUCGGCAAGCGCCUCGCCGAUUUCGGCUGCCUCAUCACCUUCUCAGCUCCCGAAGCCAUCGGCCCAAGCCUCCGGCGAUCGAACAACAUCGUCGGCGAUGAGCCCGUCCCCUUCGGCCGUGGCUCCAUCCGGUUCGAUUUCUUCUACGACGGCUGGGACCCGGACAACCCGAACCGCCACGACAUCGGGGCCUACAUGGCCCAGCUCGAAUCAGCCGGUCGGGAAAAGCUGCCGGAGAUGAUUCGAAAUCAGUCGGCCCGUGGCCGGCCCGUUUCUUGCCUCAUCAACAGCCCUUUCAUUCCGUGGGUUUCGGACAUGGCCGAGGACUUGGGGAUCCCUAGCGCGAUUCUCUGGGUUCAGUCGUGUGCGUCUUUUUCUGCCUAUUACCAUUUUCACCAUAAGUUGGUCCCUUUUCCGACCGAAAACGAGCCCGAAAUCGACGUCCAGCUGCCUUGCAUGCCGUUGCUGAAGCACGACGAGAUUCCGAGCUUCUUGCAUCCAAACACGCCUUAUCCGUUUUUAAGAGAGGCUAUUUUGGCUCAGUUCGACACCCUGCACAAGCCGAUAUCCAUUCUAAUGGACACGUUUCAAGAAUUGGAGCACGAGACGGUGGAGUACAUGUCCAGGAUUUCCCGGCCCAUCAAGACCAUCGGCCCGCUAUUCAAGUCGAGCGACUCGAAGGAUGCUGUCAAAGCGGACAUGUACGAGGCGGAGAACUGUAUCGGUUGGCUGGACGGGAAGUCUCCCCGGACGGUGGUGUACAUCUCGUUCGGGAGUAUCGUGCAUCUGAAGCAGGAGCAGAUUGACGAGAUUGCCCACGGGCUGAUCCAGUCGGAGGUCCAUUUCCUCUGGGUCAUGCGGCCGCUGCAGCCGCAGGCGGCGGCGGAAGCUCGGCCGCACGUGCUGCCGGAGGGGUUCCUGGAGGCGGUGGCUGCCGGCGGGGAGAGGGGGAAGGUGGUGCGGUGGGCCCCGCAGGAGGCGGUGCUGGGCCACCGGGCGACGGGGUGCUUCGUGACGCAUUGCGGGUGGAACUCGACGGUGGAGGCGCUGGCGAGCGGUGUGCCGGUGGUGGCGUUUCCACAGUGGGGGGACCAGGUGACGGACGCGAAGUACCUGGUCGACGUGUUCCGGGUCGGGUUGAGGCUGUGCAGGGGGGAGGCCGAGGGCCGGGUCGUGGGGAGGGACGAGGUGGAGAGGUGCCUCCGAGCGGCCACGGCCGGGCCGGAGGCGGAGGAGUUGAGGAGGAACGCGGGGAGGUGGAAGAGGGCGGCGGAGGAGGCGGUGGCGGAGGGUGGGUCGUCUUGCAAGAACAUGGAGGCGUUGGUGAGGGAGGUGGCGGGGAUUGGCGGUCGGAAUUGA